AUGGAUCAACUAAAGCUAGAACUCAAGAAGUUUGAACGAAGAUUCGAAAAAAAGCACGGAAGACCGCCUGCACGCGACGAUAUUCGAGCACUGCCGGAUCUUAAAUACAAAUACAAGCAGUACGCUGCACUACAACGCGAAAGACAGAGAGUCAAUGUGCUGCAAGUGACUCCGCGGAGAAAUGUGGAAGACGAGACCGACCUGCCUUUGGAAAUCGGUCCAACGCCUCAGAUGUACGGAAAGGUGCUGGGUUUAUUCGAUAUGAAGAUGUCAUCGCCAACUAAAGGAGUAGCUGUAAUGUCACCAGAGGGCUCAAUAGACAAUUUGGGAGCUGACCAAAGUAAUCAACGCUCACCGUUGAGAAAUGGCGUAAAAACUCAGCAUCUGGAUCUGACGGUAUCAAGCCGAUUAUCACCACAGAAAAGACCAUAUGGUCCUAACUCACCUUUCAAGUUUGACGGUGUUGAACUAUCAGUACUGACUCCCAGACGCAAUUUGCAGAACCUCAUAGCUGAAACAGAGAGUUUUGGUAAUGUAAGUCCGUCCCCCAUCAUAAAGCGGCCUAUGGGGAAGCCUUUGCUCCAAAUCGUCCGAGAAAGCGAGAAGCUGAUGGAAGAUGCUGACGAGUUGAGUGAUGACGAUGUGAUUUCGCGAAGCGUAAAAGACGUUUUCCAGAACGACGAGGAGCAACAAGAGGAUCCAACCACUGAAGACGAAUCAGAAGUUAUCUUCAAACGUGCAAAACGAAAGCAUAUCUUGCGACCGGCUGCUACCGGGUUGAGCACAUCAGAUACCAUACAAGUGAACAUCAAAGAGGAAAUGGCAAGACUGAAGCAGCAAGCUAUCGAUGAAGCAAACGGUAUUGAAACCACAAGCACCACAAUUACUCAAACAAGUUCUAAGGCCACAAGCACCACAACUCGGAAAAGGCCUCAGAAAUAUAACCUGGUCAGCAACAACUUCAGAAGGUUGAAACUUCCAAAAGCCAAGGGGAAAGGCAGAAAAUGGGGGCGACGCUAG